AUGACGAGCGCGGGCGACGCCUUCCUAACUAUGGCGGAUUCUGAGAGAUUGCGCCCCUUCCCUCGUCGCAUGAGGUCUGAUCUGGGGUUGAAGCGGCCUGCAGACGACGACAAGCAGGCACACCCUCUCCCCAUCGGCAACAGGCCGCGCCAACGAACAUCCAUUCCCCGCAUCGCCAGUCUAGAUGUUAUUGCACCUGCGAAACUUGGUGUAAACAAGUGUCCUAGCAUCCGGCCGGAACGACGGCCUACAUCCCCUCGUCGACUCUCACUCUCGCCAAUCGAACCCGGCGACGGUGUCUUCUUUCAGGAGCGGGACCUCAACACUGGCCAUGCAGCGUCUCUGGAGCAAAUGAUCAACACGCUGCACCAUGUCAUGAUGACCAAGCCUGUUCUCGACCCGGUGCCAAUUGAGAAUAAUUCUUGCAUCCUGCACUUGCUUGAGGGGUACCGAGAGCUCCAAGAACAGCUGCGUGUGACUGAGAAGGCAUGGGCGGAGGAGAAGGAGACCAAAGAGCGUAGCCUCGAAGAGUUUGCCAAGGUGUCAUCCGAAUGGGAGAAGAAAGAGACUGACUUCCGCGCCGAGAUCAAGCGCAUGGAGUUGAUCCUUGCCGACAUUGCUCCCGGUGGUGUUGGCGCGGUCGCCCUCGCACGAUCCGGCAGCAUCGUGGACAGAAGCAGCAGGUCAUCCCGGCUCUUCAAAGCCAGGGUAGAGCAGGCCAAGAGUCCUGUAAAAGGUGAGGAAAGCUCCAUCGCAGUUUGUCCUAGCAGUUUGAACACUGACGGGUUCCGAUACAAAGCACGAGAUCCUGACGACACCGCCGCUCUGGAGAAUACCCUUGAUUCCGGCGCGACGGGUAGCCUACGUCAUACGCAUACCACAUAUCUGUCGAUGCGCCCAAACCUGGACAGUAAUGCGGAUGCCGAGUUGAGCGAAAGGAUGAGGAAAGCCCAGUUGAGGCGGUUUUGGGACACCAGGUACGAUCCACGAAAGACGCCCGGCAGAGCCGACUUGACAUCAUGCCACAUCUCAAAUGAGCCCACAAAUCACCAGAAUCGAUGUAACUCCACUGCCAAGUCGCUUGCUAAAGGAGAAACUACUAUGAAAAACAAUAUCGUCCCUGCGGAUGACCCGGAUUCAGCUAGCGAAGUGACGGUCCUGCAUAUGAACGAGGAUGUGCCGGCCGGUCCCAGCGAUCGAGCUGUCGACGGGAGACUCGAAACUACACCCACUCAGGCGACAGUGAACGGUCUAUUGGGCGAAAACCCGGAUGCCUCGACGCAGACUGGCAGUGGCCUGCGAUGUAAACGCGAAGUCAGCCGCCACAAGAGAGAAUUUUCAUUCGAUCCGGGAGAGGACGGCAUUCUCCUAUUGCCCUUGGCAAACCAAAACCCCCAUGGAACCAUCGAAGAGUCAUAG